AUUGACUAAAAAACUAUAAACAAUUUUGUAAUACAAAGUGAAACGAAUUUAGGAAAUCAAAUAUUUUUUACAGAAUUAAGAGUAUAAUAUUAAGGUUUUGAUAAUUAAGUUAUCGAAAGCUUUGCCGGUUUAUUUACAUUCCGGUGCAUUUAACGAGCAAAUGUUUUGAAAAUCAUCAAUUUCUGUGUUUUGGCGCACAUUACCAGCACAAAUAGAGUUCUGAUCCUUCGAUCAUGUGUGCAAAUGUUCCCCGAGUUCCUGUCCAAGGGACUGGAGGCUCCUUCCUUUGUUUAGACGGCCGCAUUAGUUUAUAUUGCUUUUUAAUCACCGCAGCUUUGAUUCUGAUCCCCUCGGUUCCCCAGAUCUAUUAUGGAAUGGUACCCCAGGUCUGGGGAGCGGUGCUCUGGGGUCCUGCUUUAUACUACGCCCUGAUCAACAUGAUAAUACGGUUCGUACUGCGAAACCACGACUACCAGGUGGCCAUUCGGGCGUCCUUCCUGGGUUUUGCCAUAGCCGUAAGCGUGCUGGUCAUCUGCUUUGCCCCCACCGAAUGGCAACAGUUUGGCGUCUAUGGCUGCUUUAUGUCCUUCUUCCACUACUCUGAGUUUCUCGUAAUCGCUUGUGCAAAUCCGCGCAGUUUAAGUCUUGAUUCCUUUAUGUUAAACCACUCGGUGCACUAUGGUCUAGCUGCUGCAGCCAGCUGGAUCGAAUUCUCUUUGGAGGUUUACUUUCUGCCGGAGUUUAAGACUUUCGGAAACAUAUGGCUGGUGGGCGUGGUGUUGUGCUUAUUAGGCGAAGUGGUUCGCAAGGCGGCUAUAAUCACAGCCGGACGGAGCUUCACACAUUUGGUCCAGGAUGAGAAACACUCGGAUCACAAACUAAUAACAAGCGGGAUCUACUCCUACUGCCGGCACCCGUCAUAUGUCGGCUGGUUCUGGUGGUCUAUCGGAACCCAGAUCAUUCUGUUAAACCCUAUCUGCAUCUGCAUCUACACACUGGUCAGCUGGCUCUUCUUCCACGAUCGCGUCUACGUCGAGGAAUACUCCCUGCUGAACUUCUUCCAGUCGGACUACGUACGCUAUCAAAAGCGUGUUCCAACAGGCCUGCCUUUCAUCAAGGGCUAUCUGCUCGAAUAGUGUUACUGAUCUUGGGUUCAAUGUCACAAGUCGCCAAAGCAAACAAGUUCUUUUUUAGAUUUAAGUAAACAACGUACACAAUUGUCUUUGAGCAAAUCUUAAAAUCGCAUUGUAUUUUUGAAAAUAGGUUUUUCUAAUAUCUUGCAUGUUGUUUUGUAUUCAUAAACUAGUCAAAGCAUGUUGCUGAUAAUCUAA